ACACGAAGUCCUGUAUCCCUUGGCUCUUCGUUGUUAUGUCUGGGACAGGACCUCGGGAAAAUGUCUUUGCAACGCGGAUGGCCCUUACGAACACCAAAUUACGUCUGAAGGGUGCACAAACAGGACAUUCCUUGCUCGCGAAGAAGAGAGACGCAUUAACAACGAGAUUUCGAGCUAUCCUCAAGAAGGUUGACGAGGCGAAACGGAAGAUGGGCAGGGUAAUGCAGCUGGCUUCCUUUUCGAUGGCAGAGGUUACAUAUGCGACGGGAGAUAUCGCAUAUCUUGUGCAAGAACAGGCCAAAAUGGCAACGUUCCGCGUUAAGGCGAAGCAGGAGAACGUAUCUGGUGUCGUUCUACCAGCCUUCGAGGUUGAUCGUGUCGCAGGAUCAGAUUUCAAUUUGACGGGUCUUGGACGUGGUGGGCAGCAGGUUAUGAAAGCGAAGGAGGUAUACGCAAAGGCGAUCGAGACAUUGGUCGAAUUGGCCUCACUACAAACAGCUUUCACCAUUCUCGAUGAAGUUAUACGCGCAACAAAUCGUCGAGUGAACGCAAUCGAACAUGUCAUCAUGCCAAGGCUUGAGAAUACAAUCAAGUAUAUCAUGAGCGAGCUAGAUGAAAUGGAUCGAGAGGAGUUCUUCAGGUCCGUCGUUCUUGUUGCACAAUAUCGAAGAAUGCGAGUGACAAAGACGGAAACAUCCAGACUUAAGAAAGUACAAGGGAAGAAAAAACGAGACACGGCAGCUAGAAAUGCGAUUGAAUCCACGCCCGACGACACAGCUGCAGAAACAGGGUUAGAAGAAGGACCGACAGAUCUUCUAAGCAGCAAGGAUGAUGAUGUGAUUUUUUAAGCAGCAGCGUAUAGUAUACCACUCCACAAUUCUCAGUAACGAUUCUCUGAAGUCGAAAAGAACGGGAUGCAUAUCAUGUGCGCGUGCAUAGAUACAUAGGUGACGUUGAAUCGAGAUAUAACAUGCCA